AUGAAAUAAAAAAAAGCUUCAGAUUGGGAUUGGAAUAAGAAAGGCACUCUUAUCUAUGGGACAAUUGAAUUUAAACCAUAACCUUUGGUUUUAGGGUUUGAUAUGGAUGAAACCUUGAUUAAAACUAAGUCUGGAAAGAAAUUUGCAAAGGAUGCUAAUGAUUGGCAAUGGUGGAAUCCAAAAGUAAUCCCCACAAUUUAAGAUUACUUUAAACAAGGAUACUCUAUAGUAAUAUUUACAAACCAGAAUGGUAUUGAAAAGGGACACACAAAAGAAUCUGAUAUAAAAACAAAAAUUGAAUCUUUAUAAAAAGAACUCAAAAUUCCAUUAGCUGCAUUCAUAGCUUCAAGUGAUGACAACUACAGAAAACCUCGAGUAGAUAUGUGGAAAGACUUUUAGGAAUUAACUGGAACUAAAGCAGAUAUGGCAAAAAGUAUUUACUGUGGAGAUGCUGCAGGAAGAGUUAAAGGAAAAACUAAAGACUUUACAGAUACCGACUUGAAAUUUGCUUUAAAUUUAGGACUGAUAUUUAGAACUCCAGAGCAAUUAUUCCUAAAGGAUGAUCUAAAUGAAGAUUAUUCGAAAUAACUAGGAUUCAAUCCAAAGAGCAUUCCUAAGGAGGGAUUCUUAUUUAAGGAAAGCAAAGUUAAUAAAUUUACUAAACCUGACAAACCAGAAAUGAUCAUCAUGAUAGGAGCACCUGGAUCUGGCAAAUCAACCUUUGUUCACAAUCAUUUAAAUGAUUAUACUAGAGUUAACAGAGACUCUUUGAAAACUAAAGAAAAAUGCCUUAAAGUUGCAGAGCAAGCAAUUAAAGAAAAGAAAUAUUUAGUAAUUGACAACACAAAUCCAACUCCAGAUGAUAGAGCAGCAUUUAUAAAAUUAGCUCAGGAUAAUAAAUAUCCAGUUAGGGGUUUUUUCUUAGAAGUUUCUAAAGAUUUAUGUCUUCAUAAUGAUACUUAAAGAGAUACUAAUAAUUUUAGAGAGCACUUUUCAAAAAAAGUAGGAAAGAUGCCCAUCAACAUGAUCUUUUCAAAAGUUACACCACCCACUAAAGAUGAAGGUUUCUCUGAAGUUUUAACAAUAAAUUUUAUUGCAGGACCAUUUAAAAAUAAAGAUGAUGAAGAUGCCUUCUAUAGUUUUGUUCAUGGAAAAAAUUGAUUAUUAUUAUAAAGAAAUAUUGAAUAUUAUUUUGAUGUAA